AAGAAAACGGUUUCGCACAAAAGAAUACCUUCCUUUGAGCAAACAAUCUUCGGUCUUCAUCGAAUCAACGAUUUUCAAAGCAUCUUUCAUUGGUUGACUGGAAGUUUUUGGAGAGCUGAAGAUGAGCUCAAUGCUGAAGACGCCGUUCUUCACCACUUUGAUAUUUCUGUGCGUGACAAUUCCGUCAUCUUUGGGGAGGAUUGGAAAGCGAUCUCUUUCUACGGAGUACAAGCAUAUUCGCCCAGUGGCCGAGAAGUCAAAACUGAUUUCUGACGGAGAAUGCAGUAUCAUUGUCGACAAGAUCCCCGAUUAUCGAAGCAGAAGCAAGUUGCAAUCUCAUCCACGACUUUGCGUCCGCCUCAAUGACACCCAGCUGUUAGCCAGGCUUCGACAGGUUGGCGAAUUCAACCCGCGUUUCAUGGCGAUCAACGAGAAAGAUGCCUGCAGAUUUAGGGACCUCUACAGCAAGGACAAGCUUCCAAUCAAAAUCUAUCCCUUCCAGAAAGGCAGACAGUACCAAUAUCCAAAGAGGAGGUUGGAGAGCUGCGUCAGUCAAUCUCAAUCGUACCGUUGUCGGAGUGGAGGUACACCUGUGGAUAAAAGAGGAUUAAUUCGCUUAUGUACGGAAUGUAAUAGAGUAACCGAAUUGAAAGAUGGAGUUUUCCCCAAGUUUAUCAACGAAGUCAAAUGUGUAUCUGGACACUGCCUCGAUCACCAGGGGUUAUGCGUCCAGCGGUCUCUUGAGUUUACUUUUAUUUACUUCACUAAGGAAUAUGUGUGGCAUCAAACCAUCAGUGAUGACCCACCGCUCCAUGUCUACGUCGAGGUAUGGGAUCCGUAUACGCAAGAAAUCGGUGUUUGCUGCGAAUGCCAGAAAAUAAUGUCACUUGUUUUGUUCCUGGUUGUCGUCUCGGCUAUGCUACCAGCAUCUAGUGGAAGGACUCGAGUUGUGCGUCCACGCCGAACAAGAACAUCACGUAGACCUGUAAUAACAUCAAGGCCAAAAAUUCGAGAGGCAGAUUGCGGUCGCAUCGUCAACACAAUUCCUAAAUAUCGAGGAAGGUUACUCGGCCGGAAUCGUCAUCUAUGCGUUCGCCUCAAUGAAACCCAGUUAAUAACCAAGCUUCGUAUCAGUGGAGGAGGUUUCAACCCACGAUACAUGGCCAUAAACAGGACAGAUUCUUGCAGAUUUCAGGACCUUGCUAUUGCAGACGAGCUUCCAGCACCAGCUGCUACUUCGUCUGAGACCCAAUCUCAUCGGCCAAGGCAAAUCCAGCAGGACUCCGCCGGCAAGGAUUUCAGCCGCAGUUUGGAUGAUCCGGAAGUGCGUAAGGAGGAAGGGUCGAGACAGAAACGGAUGACUUCCUCGAGCCCAAGCUCCACCCUGCGCGGCUGCUGGAGUCGAGGCUCUACCGUGGACGACACCAACUUGCGACGUCUAUGUACGGAGUGUGCUGCAACCACCAAACUACCAUCAAAAGUUUUCCCGCCCUUUAUCAACGAAGUUAUUUGUGACAGCUCAGAGCGUCUCUGUUUUAGAGCCAUUGGGAGAUGUGUGCAGCGGUACAUAAAGUUUACAUUUCUCCGCCAGACUGGAGAGUUUGAGCGCGAUGAUGCCUUGAGCAAGCUCCUAGGAAUUUCUGUCUACAUGGAAGAGUGGGAAGAUUACGAACAAGAUAUCAGGUCGUGCUGUGAAUGCCGAGUAUUUUCAAUUCCAUUUUUCGGAGGCAAAUGAUUUUCACGUUGUUCGUUGAAGAUAUAGUUUAUAUUUCAUUUUUCACACAUUUUUAUUGCAACCUCGCUCCGGGCCCUAUCAUCUUCCUGCCCCAGAGGUCUGGAAGAUGAGAGGCCCUGGGAACGAGGUUGAUUUUGUUGUUCGGUUUCUAGUUAUGAAAUUGUUGUCGAUUAAAAAAUAACCGUCAAAAGCAUAUAGAGCUGCAGAGACAAAACAGUCGGAUUUCGAUAUGUAAAUAUUCUCUAUAUUUCACAGUUUUCUCUUUGUAGCCUCCUUGUGAAAUUCUGAGAUUCUUAGUUAAAAGAAUCGAAUUUGUUCUAUUGUGAUGCCCAUAAUCACCGCACGAGCAAAACAUAUGUUGUCGUAAACUCAGAAUUUUUCGUUGUUUGACAAUAAAACAAAUC